AUGGAUGUUAAGAGUGCCUUUCUUAAUGGUUUCAUUCAAGAAGAAGUAUAUGUUGAACAACCUCCCGGUUUUAAGGAUUAUGAAAAUCCUAAUCAUGUUUUUAAACUCAAGAAAGCUCUUUAUGGUCUUAAACAAGCUCCAAGAGCUUGGUAUGAACGUUUGAGCAAGUUUUUAAUAGAAAAGGGUUUUAGAAGAGGGAAGGUUGAUACAACUUUAUUUAUCAUGAUUGAAAACAAAAAUAUCCUUUUGGUACAAGUUUACGUCGAUGACAUAAUAUUUGGUUCAACUAACGAAUCACUUUGCAAGUUUUUCUCAAACCUCAUGCAAAGUGAAUUUGAAAUGUCCAUGAUGGGCGAACUCAACUUCUUCCUUGGUCUUCAAAUCAAACAAGGAAAAGAAGGAACUUUCGUUAGCCAAACCAAAUAUUGCAAGGAAUUGCUCAAAAGAUUUAGAAUGGACAAUGCUAAGGCAAUGGACACACCAAUGAGCACUACUUGCUACCUUGACAAAGAUGGACAAGGUAAAAACAUAGAUGUAAAGAAGUAUAGAGGCAUGAUAGGAUCAUUACUUUAUCUAACGGCAAGUAGGCCAGAUAUCAUGUUUAGUGUAUGCAUAUGUGCGAGAUACCAAGCUAAUCCUAAGGAAUCUCACUUAAGUGCGGUGAAAAGGAUUAUGAAGUAUCUCAUAGGAACAUUAAAUGUUGGAUUGUGGUAUCCGAAAGGAUCCACUUGUGAUUUGAUUGGUUAUUCCGAUUCCGAUUUUGCCGGUUGCAAAUUGGAUAGGAAAAGCACUAGCGGCACUUGUCACUUGCUAGGAAACUCUCUUGUCUCAUGGCAUAGUAAGAAACAAGUAAGUGUAGCCUUGUCUACCGCCGAAGCCGAGUAUGUAGCCGCCGGUAGUUGUUGCGCCCAAAUUUUAUGGAUGAAACAACAACUUGUGGACUGUGGACUCAUGCUUGAUCACAUUCCUAUCAAAUGUGAUAAUACUAGUGCAAUAAAUUUAACGAAGAAUCCGGUUCAACAUUCAAGAACCAAGCAUAUUGAGAUUAGACAUCACUUCAUAAGAGACCAUGUUGAAAAGGGUGAUGUGGUUAUUGAAUUGUCGAAACUAGUAAACAACUAG